AUGGAUACUGAGGCCACUGAAUCCAGUUCUUGUUCAAAAAAUUGCACUGAAGAUGCUAGCAGUUUGUUUAAUUGCAAAAUUUGUUGGCAAUUAGCUGAAGACCCUGUUGUCACUCAGUGUGGGCACCUUUUUUGCUGGUUUUGUCUAUGCAGUUGGCUAAAAUCUUUCAGUAAAUGCAAGGAAUGCCCAGUUUGUCGAGCAAUCAUUGAGGAAGACAAAUUGGUUCCUCUAUAUGGAACUGAAUCAGAGAGAGAAGAUGCAAAAGAUUUGGACCCAAAUUCUGAAAAGUCCAUUCCCAAUCGCCCAAUGGCCCCAAGACCCCAAACUGCCACACUUCCUAAUAAUGAAGACUAUUUUCCUGAGGAUGAGGAUGAUUUUUCUGAGGAUGAAGAGGACCUUAACAUGUUGAGUGUGGACACCUCUAUUGCUGGUCUUGUCUAUACAGUUGGCUACGAUAUUACUCUAAAUACAGGGAAUGCCCAGUUUGUCGUGCAGUCAUCAAGGAAUACAGAUUGGUUCCUCUAUAUGGAAUUGAAUCACGGGGAAAAGAAGCAAAAGAUUUGGACUACGUACCCAAAUUCUGAAAAGUCCAUUCCCAAUCGCCCAAUUGGCCCAAGACCCCCAACUGCCACACCUCCUAAUAAUCUUGGCUAUAUGACAUUGAUUACUCUAAUUUGCAUUUUCUUGAUAAUCUCAGGUACAUAUAUUUGUAGCUUUGUGAGCGAUAAAUCUUAUAGUAGUGAAAAAGCAUAUUAUGUCACAACUUUUGCUGGUUAUCCUGAUCAAUAUUACUUGAUUCGACCUCCAAGAUUAAAUGGUUUAAUUUGA